AUGGCUAAAUUCUAUUGGGCCCCAAAUGGCCAUUCAAGAAAGCGAAAAAACACGAAGAGGACCAGAAAAAAAAAGGAAAGUCUGCGGUUGUCCAAGAGGAACUCACACGCACCUCCUAUCCCACAAUUCGAAAGUAUAAUCCAAGCAUUAUUCGUAUCUUACAAGAGGAAGAACAAAAACCGUUUUAAAGAUCUUCGACAGAGUGUCUCCAACAAAAUUUAUAGACAAUUAAAGCACAGAGAGGGGCUUAGAGAGUUGUUACUUUUCGAUACCAAUGAAUACAAAACCUCCAAGGCCUGCAACUUUUGCUCAAAUCAACGCCUACAGAACCUAAAGCGUGAAGAAGGCGAUGAUUCCAAAAAGAUCCAUCAAGUAUUGAAGUGCAACACUUGCAAUAUUUUUUGGAAUCGCGAUGUAAUGGCCUUCAGGAACAUACUCCUCAUUGCUCGUUCUACCUGGAAUGGUCAAGAUCGAUCAAAUGUCUUCAAAAGACAACUUGUCACCUCCAAUGUGAUUGCCUCGUCCCAUUCCGGUGGGGCGUUGACUUAA